AUGGAAUUGGAGAAUAUUAGUAUUGCUGCAGAGUUAAGUUCCUCCGAUCCAACAAAACAGACCAAUGCCCUGCUGAUUCUUCAUCGUCUCUAUACAGCCGGAAAGGAUAUACAAAAUUAUGUAUCUACUGUGAUUAAUGCUGUUUUGGUCAAGACAUCCGAUCCAUUGGUGAAGAAACUUUGUUAUCAGUUAAUUAAAGGAUGUGCCAUAACGAGUAGACACGAUUGGAAUUUUGUUAUGAAAGUUGUAGUUGAUGAUAUGACCAAUUCAUCAGCAAAUCCUGAUUUGUGUGUCUGGGCUUUUAGAACAGUGGUUGGUUUGUGUGGUAUUAGCACUCAACUUCAAGAGUUUUUCGUAAAGAAUCGUAGACAAAUAGAAGAAUGUCUUUUCAAGUAUGGAUAUGAUCAUGUUAGAAUUGCUGCUCUUCACUUUUUAAAGUGUUUGGCAAUUUCGUUGAGACAAUCCGAGACUUUACGAUCAACAGCUUUCCAACAAAAUACAAGUGAAUCAUCAACAGCAAAGUAUUUCUCUGAUUGGGUGAUUAAAUCUAUUAAAGAUGAUAAUCAAGAAAUUGCAUUUGUUGGAUUUGAAGUGUUGAGAGAAUUUAUUUGUGGAGAUUGUGCUCGUCAUCUUCAUGCGGAAUCUUUGCCAAUUUCUGUCACCAAGGAAAGUAUGCAAUGGAUUGCUGCAAUGAAGCCACAUUUUACCAUCCUCUUGUCAAGACUCAAGUGUAUGGAUGUGAGAAGAAGAUACCCUGCCUUGAGACCAAUUACUUUCAUUUCAUUAUAUUUACAAGACGAAUAUUCACAUCAACAAUUAUUGGAUCGUUCCAAUUCAUCCUUUGAUAAUGUCAUGAUUAGUGUAACAAAUGUUUUGAGACCAAUGCUUCAAAGUGUUGAAUGUGCCACAGUUUUGGAAACAGCACACUGUAUCUUAUUAACUGCUAUGGAUAGUUCAAUGACAAGCGAUUUGACAGCUUGUACUAAUAAUUUAAUUGAUGAUGCAACAAAUGCCUAUCUUGGACUUUUAUACAGAGAAGAAUCAUCCUUCUUCUAUGAUGAUCUUAUGAAAGAUAUUUGUUCAGUUUUAAAUACUGUUCGUGAUAAGUAUACUGUUUGUGUGAAACUUGUGGAACAUAUUUUGAAAGUUAGUGACAACGUAAAUAGAAUGUACAUAUUAUCAAGUGUAGUCAGAACUCUUAUUCAAUGCAGUAUUAACACAAGAACAAAACAACACUUCCUCAAACUUUUAGAUCAAUUGAAUGAACCUGUUGAAAUUGACCUCUUCUUGAGAGAAGGGUUCAUUUCCAAGAUUGUAACUGUUCCAGAAUCACAAUUUGAAGAACAAAUCAGAAAUGAACUUCUCUUCUGUUUGUGUCGUGAAUACUUGACUCAAAAGCCAUUUACACCAAAGAAUGACAAUAAUGUUGAAAAGAAUACAGACUCUGCCAUUGAUUAUUCACUCAUUCAUGCUUGGUUGGAUGUUGGAAUUGGCAUUUGUGAAUUUGCAAUGAAUUCUCUCACGUGGAAAGACUCUAAUGGGUUAAUUGCAAGUAUUUCAGAGUUCGCCCUCGUUUUGACAGAUUUGUGUGGAGAAUCCUACACAUCAUUCAAUACAAAUGAAGAUCAAAGAAAGAAGAUUCAAAAGAUUUUGAACAAGUGUUUGGAUAUCAUUCUCAAGAUGAAGACUGAAUUUGCUGAAGUCAUGUCCAUGUGUAUUCUUAGUAAUUAUGUUGAAUUACAAAAACAAGCUGCUGGAAGAGAAAGUGGUGAUUUGGUAUUUGACCAUACCAGAUUUAUGAUUUCUUCAACUCUUAAAAACUCUGGUGGAAUGUCCAGUAAGGAAAAGAUUGAAACUCUCCUCUAUUGUUUACUCAGUGUUUGUUUGAGAUUUACUCCAAAACUUAGAGAUACUUUUGAAUAUUUGAAAAUGUUGAUGGAGAAACAACUCGAUACUAGGGAUGAUAUUGCCGAUUUGAUCAGAAAAACUUUAUUGAAAGUUGAUUAUGCUAUGAAGUACAAUAUAACAAGAGAUAAUGCUUCCAAGUCAGAUAUUGAACUUAUUUAUGGUAAGGUAUUUAACAAGGAUCACCCAAUCUUCAAGUCAUACUACUCGGAAGAAGAUGAAAGAAUUCUCACCUCCUACAUUGAAGGCAUUCAACAACUCAACUCUAUUAUUUCAAAUUUGCACGAACAAGAUCUCUACCAACUCAAGAAGGGUAAACAACUCUUGACAGCCACCUCAGCCAAUACAAAGAUUAGACAAACUAACAUUGAAUCCAAGUUCCACUCUGUAAUUAUCUCCCAACCAAGUGAUCCUAUCUGUGUAACAGCUUCCUACUCUGUUAUGCCUGACUCAUAUACUGUAUUCCUCCACGUUAAGGUACAUAAUAAUUCACCAUGUGAUAUUUUCAAAACAACAGCCGAAGUUGGCCUCGAAGGUCCACUUACUCUCUUUGAAAAGACUCAACAAGCAUCAAGUAAUAUUGGUGACUUGUCUGUAAAUCAAUCCUAUGAAUUUGAUUUGGAAUUUACAAUGUCAGAACUUGGACACUAUUGUUUUAAUAUUAUUAUACAAUGUACACAUCUCAAGUCCUCAGGAACCAUUGAUCUUUUGGAUGAAGGCAACAAGCAAGAAGGACUUGUAACAAUUAGAUGCCAACCAUUCAAGAUCAAAAUGGCUCACGUUCUCACAAAGCCAAUUAAUUUACUUCAUGAAAACUUUUUGACAUUGUGGGAAAAUUUCGAGUCUUCUUUCCACCUUAAAAUGGCUAUUCCAAAGAUUGAAGGAACUGGUAAGAACAAAUCAACAAUUGUCAAAGCUAAGGAAUUCAUUUCACAAUUAAUGUCAGGUUUACAUUUUUGUGAAAUUCAACAAUUGGAUGAAGCCACCAAGGUGAAACAAGAUGACUCAAUGUUCCAAUUUUGCUUUGCUGCCAGAUCUAUUUUCAAAGACUAUGUAUUAUUGGUGGUGUUCGGUUAUGCUCACCACAAUGGAGAACAUAUCUUGUGUGACUUCCAAUUCAAGACUAGUUCAGAGCCAGUUUACAGUUGUUUACAUGCUGAUAAAUCUCCUUGGUUCCAAGAUUUGGUAGAUGCCAAUUCACACUUUUAUGGAGACCGUAGAGUAUUUGUCAUUGAUCCAGAAUCAUAUGAUAGAUCCUUCUUUGAUAUUACAAAUCAAUUUGUAUUUGAUAAGGUUAGAGUCAAUGUCAUGAAGAAGUACAAUCUCAAUGCAUCAAAGCUUAACGUCCUAUUCUUGAAGAGAUGGGAUUCGACCCGAAUUCAAGAAUAA